GGUGGUCAGUACCGUUGUGGCUGUGUGACAGUACCGUUGGUGUGGUGGUCAUGGCCGUUGUGGCGGUGGUCAGUACCGUUGUGGCUGUGUGACAGUACCGUUGGUGUGGUGGUCAUGGCCGUUGUGGCGGUGUAAUGCGAGUUGAGGGGCUUCGAAUACAUACUUAAGAGCCUUGUUUACAUUGCUAACGACGAGAGACUUAACAAGCUAACCAUUAUAAUUGUGUAUAAGACAAGCAAUGUGGACGAUCACAGUAACAAUGCAUACGAAACGACCACGCCCCAAAAAACAGUGUAUUUAAAAAGACAUUAUAAGUUCUUGGGACUAUAUCAACAGACGUGCAUAGACGGUGGUGGGAAGUGGUGAGGAUGUCCGGCCAGGGCGCGGCCAUGUCCACCUUCAGGGACACGCCCCACACGCCCCGCGACAACACCGCCUGCUUUUCCAGCGAUGACGACGAAGAGGACACCGUCGAGUAUAACGCCUGCAGGAUCAAGCGCGACUGGGAAACCGGAGAAGAAGGCUCUCUCAUUGGUCGAGGAACACUGGACGAGAUGGAGAAUGAGGCACAGCACGUUCCAUUUUUCACAAAGCUCUUUACACUUUCUCAAGUUUUAGGUAUUCUGUCUGUAGUGCUGGUAGGGGUUUGGUGUGGAUAUUUUCGUAAAGGCUUUGCAUGGUUCAGCGACCCUGAUUUGCAGUUCAACUGGCAUCCAUUUUUGAUGACACUUGGAAUGGUCUUCCUGUAUGCAAAUGGGGCUUUAAUCUACAGAGGCUUUCGUUCUGAAAAGAAAAAGAAGCUCAAGAUCUUGCACAUGAUGAUACAACUUGGUGCCUUCAUUUUAUCCAUUGUUGGACUUGUUGCUGUGUUUAACUUUCACAAUGCCAGGUCAAUUCCCAACAUGUACAGUCUGCACUCAUGGAUUGGCCUCAUAACAGUCAUUUUAUUUUCAUGUCAGUGGCUGGUGGGCUUGUUGACAUUUCUCUUCCCUGGUUUACGGCCAUCUGUGCGAGCUGCAUACCUGCCUCUCCAUCAGUUCUUUGGACUUUUCAUUUUUGUUGGAGCUGUGGCAUCCUGCCUCUUAGGUCUCACUGAGAAAGCCAUUUUUGCUGUAAAAGACUAUUCAUCACUCUCAUCAGAAGGUAUCCUAAUUAAUGUGACAGGCUUGGUCCUUAUUAUCUUUGGUGGACUGGUAGUUUACCUGAUAUCACAACCCAAGUUCCGUCGGCAGACAACAGAGGACGAGGUCUUGCUCACUGAUACUGUUCUUGAAUGAAGUGUUAAUUCUAAUACUGUAUUACUAUUGGUAAAGAUUUGUGAUGUUUACUCCUAAAUAGCACUGUGACUUGUAGGAAAGUGAGGUUUGCUUUACUUAUGUAAACAUUAAACUAUUUUAUACUUAAUUUUUGUUCUGUGUAGAGGAAAAAAGUAGGCUGCACAUGACAUACUGUAACAAUAUUUACAUUUUUUGAACGUGCACUUCCAUUCUUUCUUUCUAACUAUAUUAAAGGGCAUCACAUUUGUGAUAAAAUAUUAAAUAUUGCUUGAAUGUACCUACCUAAAUGUAUAUUUUAAUAAAUGGUUAAAGAAUGUAUUUUUGUGUGCUAGACAUCAAAUUAUAUUAUCUUUAACAUGGCACUUACCACAAUGAGCAUCGGAGAACUUACACAAAUUUCAGACACCUCUUACACAUAUUGCAGACACAUAAGAAAGAAUUUGGUCAGAGUAGUUAAUAAAUGCAAUGCAUAACAUAGUUUCAAAUGUAAAGUAUGAUAGAGCCCAGUAAGCUACAGAAUCUGUACAUCAGUUGAUUGAGAGGCGGGACCAAAGAGCCAAAGCUCGACUCACGUAAGCACAACUAGGUGAGUACAAAUCUCUUACUAAUGAGCUCUCCAACUCUACUACUUCCUAAGGUACAUUUCCAGUCUUUUUAGGCACUUGAAUUAUGCAGCCAGGUUAGGUGACAUUUUAAUACUGGUACAGUAAUUAACUUUCCAAGUAAUGUCUGCUGUUAUAAUGGCACUAGGAAGCCCCUGAGGAUACUAUAUAGCUGGAAUGACUUAUAAUGUUCCAUUUUAAUAGAUUUGAACCCUCCUUGGAGUUGGAAAUGGCCAAAGAGCACUAAACUAGUUGGCCUGCCUGCAGGGCACUCAAAAGCAACAGCCCGUUAGACCAAACUCUCACAAAUCAAGUCUGGCUCCGGGCUGGGCUUGAAGAGAAGAACUCAUAGAACCUCAUUCAGGUACAGUCCAGGUACCUAUGAUAGUACCAAGUGAUUCCCUUAUGUUCAUCCUUAGUCUUUUAUGUUUUUUGUUGGUGGGGACCAGAUUUCAGUUAAUGUGCGCAUGUGUGUAAUUGUAGUAGGCAUCCUUCAGUCUCUGAAGACUAUGGAGUUGGGCUCUGGUUAACAAUCCUGGUGCAGCGUCUGGUGUGACUGAUGAGGCCAAUCCGAGAAUGGCAGUCCAUCUCAAACGGAGCACAAACAAAGUCUGAUUCUGGUCUGUCUUCCUGGCUCCGGCUAUCCUUCUCUGUCUCUUUGCCUCCAAUUUUUUGGCAAGUAACUCCUCGAACUUGGAGAGACCUUUCUGAACAGACUGCACCCAGACUGAACAGUCUGCGGCCAGUGUUACCCAUGUAGCAAGAUUGACGUGCAUGGCUUUCUGGUAACUCUUGCAUAUGUCUUUGUACCGUAGCUAGAGUUUACCUGUUGGAUGCUUUCCCUGCUUCAGCUCUCCAUACAGGAGAUCCUGCUGUCGCCCAUUCGCACCACAUGCCCGAGCCAGCACAAUCGUCUCUACUUCAGCAUUGUGUACAUGCUGGUGAUUCUAGCUCUCCCCAGGACGCUGUUGUUUAUCACCUUGUCCUGCCAGGUGAUGUCCAAGAUGUGUCAAGAGGCGGCGCAUGUAGUAGGCAUUUAGCAUGUGUAUAAUUAUUCAAGUGUUAAAUAAGUGUGGCUACAGGACUAGAGAUAAGCCUAUGGCAUAUCAGUUUUGAAACUUCAAAGUGGUGUUUAUUCACACAACCAUCUCUUGCAACAUAUUUCACCUAUCACUUUAAAAAAUAAUUUAUUUUCUAUGGUUUUUAUAAUUUUGUAUUUAUUAUUUCUAUCUGUAUUCUCGUUCUUAAUGUUGUGGCAUUUAAAAAAUGCCUACUUAGAUUUUUGUUAUGCACAUCAUAACUUUAUAUGUGGUGAUCAUAUCACCCCCUUUUCUUGUUUUCCAACAUAUCUAGCACCUCCAACCUUUCCAUAAAGUUUUUUUUAUUAUUAUUAUUAAUUGGUUCACAGUUAUUUAAUGGCAUAUGUUUAAGUCUUUUAAAAUGUUACCUGCUUUCUGUGGUAUGGACACCAUACUACUGCUGCUUGGUAUUCUUAGCCUCUUAACUUGGAAACUUAAAUAUUUUGGGUUGUGCUAUUGUCAUGACUUUUUUUUUCUGGUGGCCUUUGGCUUGUGGUUAUCUGUGAUCCAGCAUCUGUUUAUCCCAGCUGCCAUUCAACUCUUAGGUUCCAAACUUGUGAUCAAUGGGGCUCAAAUGAAGCUUAUAGUAAGGGUCCUUUGGGCACUCUGGACAUUCGCUCGACUCCAGGAUGGCAUGGCCCUUAUGGCAAUUGUCUCCUCCCUGCAGCAAUCAUUUGCUCAUUCCUUUCCUGGCUAUUUUUGGAAUGUGGAUCAUGCCAAAUAAUCUUGCUUUGUAUAGCUCAGCAUUAUUGAAGCCUCUCCUGUUUAACUUUGUCAUCAAUCUCUGGCCUUCCUUUCUUAAACUUGUUAAGGCCUCCAUUAAUUUGUCCUUACUGUGCAACAUUGGAAGCCACAAAGCUCCACUGUGGGUUCCAAUGAACUCCCACUUUAAAGUUGGAAUUCCUCUCUUCAGGUAUGUCUGAUAUUUUGCAAAUAUUCAUGUACUUUAGAAUUUGGAAUGAUGUUCCUUCUGGAACUUACUACAGGCAGCAGAGUGAAUUACAUUCAUUAUUGCUUGUAGUUCUAUUUCUUUUGGUCUGGAAGUCUAUUUUGUUCACAUCCAUAUUACCUUGGACCCAUAUCCACUGUCCUGUGGAUAGGAGUUGGUCAUCUGGGCAGAUGGCAUCAGAUAGUUUGUAAACCAUUGUAAACCAUGGUCCUGUGUACCAAAGCAUGAAUAUCCUAGCCAAUUUGCAUGGUAGUUAAACAGUUACAUUAAUUACAGGUAUAUGCCACCCACAAAGCCAGAGGGUCUAGAGGUUCAAUUCCACCCUUGCUGCUCUUGGCAGUCUGUCCUCCCAUUAGCCUUCAAAGUGCAAACUUUGUUCACACCUGUAAGUUGACUCUACCCUGUAGCAUCCUUUAGACUACUCAGUGACAAGUUUUCUAACCCAUCAGGAAGUUUCUUCCCUAUAAGAGUUAUACUAAGUCACAAUCAAGUGGGAUAGCUGAGAAAAUAUACUGAGUGUAUAGUAAACUAAAAACUUUCAGAGCAGGUCACUUUACUGCUCUUAUUCCCUCAUUUGCUAUCCAUUUUUUUUGUGGUGUAUUUUAGUCAGAAUCUGCUAGCAUGGGAAAAACCUUUUGCAUAUACAAAGCAUAAAAAUCUACUUUAAAUAUGUUACUAUGGUAGCUCACAGAGAGAGUAGACUACCUUACCUUGAUGUGGCUCCAAGUUCAAUGUUUCCAUGGUCUGGUUUGUUGAAAGUUUGGUCAGCCAGGCUGUUUGAUACUGCUGCAUAAAUCACAGCCUGGAAAAUUAGGUACCCUUUGGAGACAUUUCAAAAGUUCCCUUUUGAACACUAAAAGAGGGCUGUUAGUUAAAAAAAGAAUAGCAGAGAUGCACAAGCAGGCAUGAAUAUCCAAAUGAAGAAAGUGUAAUCUAAAGCAUAUUAAAGAAAUAUAUAAAACAGAAGCUGAAGAAAUCAUCCCAGACUGAAGAAAUGUAAAUGGAAGAGACAUGCAAGACAAAAAAUCCAAAGUAAAUUUUCACGUAUACUUUAAUAACAAAAAAUCCUUCACCAGUAUUGGACCUAUACUUGCUAGCUAUAUAUACGUUAAAAAAAAGUAAGUUUGAUGCAGAGUUCAACAAAGAAAAUGAUGAACUGAAAAAAGCAAGAUGUGGACAGCUUCACAACUUGAACAAUGCACAAUAAUUGGUAUUAGCACAAAUGCACCAAUAGUCUCUUUCAAGUGCUGCAGUCACACUGGCUGAGCACUUACUCCUCAUAAUUACCUUAUCUUACAAGCACAGAAGACUUUGAGAGACAUUGAAAACAAAACAAAAUAAUGUACCUAGCCCCAGGUCCUAACUUCUGGAACUCUUAUGUUUAUAUGGAAAUACAAAGUACUGUACUGUACUUGGAUAUAAAAACAAAGAACUUAAAUGGAGUAUAGGAUACAAUAUGCAAUCAGAUCUCAUAGAAGGAAAAUGAUAUACUGUAUAAAGGAUGUGGGAAUGAAGAUGUCAGACAAACCAAAGUUCAUCAAAACUCAGUAAAUGCAGCAGCAUCCAGGAAAAUGCUAAAGAUGGAGGAUGAGAACCUUCAAGUCCAGGUAUUCCACCACAAUGUUCCUACUUUUAAAAUCACUUGGACUUUCCAUUCCAGCCAUGAAUAAUGCUUGAUACUCACUUCCCCCUUUCAAGGCUGGAGUGAUUUCUGAAGUACAGGGAAUUCAGAAAAUAUAUAUGACAUGUCGCCAUGAUAAAACCCCCUAAAUUGUUGAGACAUUCUCAAAAGCACUCAAAUUGUACUCUCUGGAAAAGAGAGAGACAAGAGAGGUAUCAUAUAACAUGGAAGAUACUGGAAUGCCAGGUUCUAAAUAUACAAAACAAAAUAAUUUACUGGAGUAAAAAGACUGGAAAUUCAACAGAGACACAUAGACAAAAUCAGGAAACACUAUGAACAUCAGAGAUAUCUUCAACCUUUAACCUCCAAUAAGAAAUACUGUAUUGAUGGAACACAAGUGAAGGUGUUCAACAGACAGUAGAACUAAGUUUCUGCAGGAAGUGCCAGACCCAACCAAGUUGUAGUAGAUAUGUAGGUCUGCAGACCUAAGUAUCUAGAUAUGUAGAUAAGAUAAGCCUAGCCUAAGACUGGAUGUGGGAGGUAAAAUUAUCUGAACGGACUACAGGUAUUGUGCUGCCACAUAGUGCUAGCCAAGAUAACAUUAGGUCACUCCUUGGCAGUCUGCAAUGCCAAGAAGGGCUUAGAAGGACUUUUUAGGGGACAGUUUAGCUGUAUGGUAUCUCCCAGGGUUCCUGCAAGAACCCCUAGAAAAGUUUUCAGUGGAAUUAAAAUAUCACCCUACUUAAGUGUGUGCAAUAAUUCAGUUCCUAGCAAGACAGUCGAUACUAACAUGGAGAUCAAAUUACAUUGUUCAGAAAGGUGCUUCUCAUUUACUCAAAAAACUUAUUUGUUCUCUUUGAUGAUGAAAAGGCACAAAUUGUUCUUAUAAUACAGUACAGUCAUGUCUUGCUAUCCACAACUCUGGUAUUUGCAAAAUUAACAAUCAGGAGCUAGGUAUUUACUACAAAUCUGCAUUACUAAUAAGCUCAUUUGCAUGGUCAGUUGCACCCAAAUAUAUUAGAUUUAUAAUAAUAUGGUUGACUAGUGGGGCAAUUUUGCACAUUUACUCGUGAUCCUGUGGCUGGUUUUGAUAGUUGGUCUCUUUCUUAGAGGCCAUGCUGGUCUCACACACACAAAUACACCUCGUGCUUUCUUCUUGCCCCACUCUCCAUGUCUUUCCAAGUUUUCAUUGGUAAAAAAAAAAAAAAUGGACAUUUUCACCACAUUAAUCAAGGAAUACAUUAUUCUGUAUUCCUUGAUAAUGUGGUGAGACACAAAAAGUUUAGAAUUGUCAUUUAAUUUUCCUAGUGGAAUCUUACAUAUAACCAAAUCACUUUUCUGUGAUUAUUUCUCCAUGGACAACAUAAGACAAUUCUAUUGGAUUUCUCCCCCUUCCUAUAAACUACUGCUUAGUAAUUGACACAUUUUGAUAUUUUUGAUGACAGUUGAGUGAUGUAUGUGUUAUUCCUGAAUUUUGACUCAUUCCAUGCAAACUCCCUUAGUCUGUGGCUAUUUGUUUUUCCCUUAUUUGAAGAAUCAAUAAUAAAAAAAUGCCAAUCUGCCUGAGCUAGACCAAACACGGGAGGUACUGUAACUGAUUGGGCACAGUUGUGCAAACCUACCUACCCUCUGCCAAUAAGCUUCUAUAGUUUUUGGUAUUAGGGGGAAAAACUAAUUUGGUUUUGAAAGGUUUCUGGAAUGCAAUCAAUACUCAGAAAUCCCCACACAUUGAGAUUUACCUGUAAUAUAUAUCCUACUGGGAAUGAAGGCUCACUGUUUACCGACAAUGAUGCAGGCUGCAGCUAUUGUUUUUGAGCAGACCUAUGAGACAAGUUGGAAAUUUUGCAAGUGGUACUAUAGAUAUGCAGGAUAUAACAUUGACACUUGAAAGUAUGCUAAUUACCAACAAUCUUGGUAAUUUUGUAUACUUAAAUUUGGUAACUGACUGAAAAGGAUGCACACGUCUAGCGAUCACAGAACUUGAAAGUGCCUAAUGUAAAAUUUCUUUUUGUUUCAUUACUUCAUAAAUUGUUGGUUUGGCAAUGGUAAGUAAAUAUAUAUAGCUACAAAAAAAUUAAGUUAAUGUGCAAUAGAAUAUGUACAGUAUAAAUAUUUAAGUCAUAUAGACAGUACACUGUACUGUAUAUUUAUGAAAGUCAUAUAUGCACCAAGUAUCUCUCUCAUUGUGCAAGUUUCUGUUGUUACAAAAUCAAUCCCUCGAUUAAGUGCAAAAAACCUUCAUGUUGACAGAAAAGUCUUGCCCAUGCUGCAGUAUGACAAUUAAUGCUCUUGUGAUAGCAGGGAGUGUGUAUGUGGGUGAGAGAAAUAUUGAGAAAAUGUGCAAAAUGUGUGUGAGAAAGAGUAGCUGGUUUGUGAAUGCUGCCAAAGCAUAUUGUAUAAUUUACUCGCUUUAACUGUAUUUUGCAUAUACAACUGAUUAAAAAAUCACUAGUGACUGCCCCAUAUACUGAAUAUAUAUUGUAUAAAAUAUUAUGCUACUGUGUAAAGUACUGUUCUGAUAUAUAUAAGAAAUAUAGAUACUUUAACAUAUAUUAUCAGUAUAUCCAUCUGUGUGUGUGUGUGUGUACCUCAAGACUUAAUGUCUUUCAUAAUAAUUUUAAUGGGACAAAUAUUUUCAUAUUAUAUGAAACCUGUGUUUUCAUAAAAUAAAAAUGUUUUUAUUAUCAUAAAACAAAAUAUCCUUCUUUAUCAUAAAACUGUGUGCUAUUUUGAUUUAGUUUAUGUUUAGUUUUAGUCAUUUAGGUAAUUCUGUAUUGUGAAUACAAACAAAAUGAACACAUUUAGAUGAUUAAGUUUGAUCCUAGGGUGAUAUUACAAAUGUCAUAAUCCAUUUAUUAAUCAUUUUCUAAACAAAGGUUUGGAAGGAAAAUAGUUAUGUUCAUCUGUAAUUUGCAAAAAAUAAUAACAAAU